AUGGCGCUCGCCCGUCGCCCGGGCGCGACGCCCGCGCGCGUGUCGUCGCGGGCGUCGUCGCGACGCGCGCGCGCGGGCGCCGUCGCGGCGUCGACGUCAUCGUCGACGUCGCGGUGGUGUUUUACGGCGGCGCGAGGACGAGGGCCGACGGCGAAAACGGGGACGACGACGACGGACGUUCGCGCGCGAUCGGUGCGCAACGCGUCGUGGGAUGGAUUCGAGACCGAGGAUGAGGGGGCGGAGACGGCGAUCGGGGACCCGUCGACGCGGAAACGACGAACGCUCGGGUACGCGGGGGCGCUCGCGUUGAAUCUGUUGCUCGGGACGUUGUUUUGUUGGUCGAUUUAUCUCGUCCCGCUCGAACUGUCGCUGGGAACGGGACGGGCGGUGUUGUCGAGCGUGUUUUCGAUCGGGACGAUCGGGACGGUGAGCGCGAUGUCGUUCGCGGGACCGUGGGUGUACGCGAAGUUUGCGCCGAGUCGCGUCGCGGCGCUCGCGGCGGCGCUCGCGGCGUGCGGCUUGUGGGUGGCCUCGAGCGCGGUGCCGUUGGGGGCGACGUGGCCGUUGUUUUUAGGGUAUGGGGUGAUGUUCGGGUUCGCCUCUGGGCUAGGGUACGGGCUUUCGGUGCAAAUGUCGCCGUACGCGCCUCUGAGCGCCGGGUUGGCGACGGGUCUGGUGACCUCUGCGCGCGCGUUCGGGGCGUUCGUGUUCGCGCCCGUGGUGAAAGAGGCGGUGUUUACCGGUGGGGCGCAGUACGCACUGUCGUUGCUCGGGAACAUCAUCGCCUUGUCGUCGAUUCCCAUCGUGUUUUUCUUCAAAGCGAGCAAGCUCACGAUGCCCUUGGCGAAGAUGCGAGACAAGGAGAAUGUGACGUUGGAACAGAUGGAACGAGACAUCAAGCUCAGGCCGUUGGUUCGCCUGCUCUGGAUGUGCAUGGCGACGGGACUGUUUUCGGGUCUCAUGGUGAUGUCUCACGGCGCCACUCUCCUUUCGACGCGCGGUCUGUCGGCGGAGAUGCUCGUUAUCGGCGGCGUCUCGAUUGUCUCCGUGAUGACAUCCAUCGGUCGCAUCUUGGGCGGAUGGCUGUGCGAUCGAGUUCCCCCGAAACGGGUGUUGGUGUUCACUCCACUCUUAGCCGUCGGACCGCUCAUUUGGGCCGCCACGGACUCGGCUUCCGUGAUUGCCGGUGAGCUCGCCCUGAGCGCCGCCGCGCUCGUGUACGGCAUGUUCGCGAGCACCAUCCCCGUCGAGGUUCGAAGAGUUGCUGGCGACGGCGAUUUCGCCCGAACCUACGGGAGAAUCUUCACCGCCUGGGGUCUCUCCGGUCUCACCGCUCCCUAUGUCGCCGGCUACUUUUACGACUUGUUUGGCGAUUACUCCUUCGCCCUGCGCAUCGCCGCCGUUCUGAGCUGCGUCUCCGCCGCGCUCGCGAGCGCGCUCGAGUCUCCGCGCACCGCCGAGCGCGAGCGUCUCCUGGACGAGGCCAGUCGCGUAUCUGCCGCCGCUAAGCGAGGCGAGCGUUUCAUCGACUGCACCGACAUCGACACGUAG